CGCAAACGCAAAUGCAAACUUGAAUUCGAAUGCAGGCGCAAUGACUAACGGCAAAUAUAACGGUAAUGGCAGCAGUAACGGACACGCUAGCAGCAACGCGAUCACCUCGGGCAAUACAACCGUCACCGAACUAAAUGUGUCACAUCCUUCGUACUUGUACUAUGUUAUGUCCAGCGGCCAGUUUUCGCCUUGCGAUACUUUAGACAGUGGCACUGGCAGUGAUCUGGAGAGCAAUGGCAAUCUAACACCUGGCACACCGUCACCGCAGAGCAAACUACAGAGUACACUUGAGAAAUUAAACGCAGCGGCUAACUGCUCUUCACAGAAUGGUUUAGAUGGCAUUGCACCCAAAAUGGAAUUACAUCUGAAGGCCACCAAAAUUCGCUUAAAUGGCAGCGUUAAGAAGUCGGCGCUGGACUCGCCCAACUCCGUCAACAGCAAGUCGCAUACAAAUGGUGAUCAUGCACGCGCUGGCAGUUUCACGGAUAGCGAGGAAAGCGAAUCGUCUUCCCUCAGCUGUGAUUCGCUUCACUCCACUGAAUUCAUACGCCAGUCUUCCGUUUCGCCGACAACUCAGAAAGCUUGCGGCAAUGCCGCAACAGCCGCGCGUGUCAAAAUGUUGGGCGCCUUUCUGCCAGAUUCUUUGUUGCGCGAUAUACGCGAUCGCAAAUUUCCUACAAAUGAUUUUGAGGCGAAAUAUGGCGAUGGUGGUGGUAGUGGUGGUGGUAGUGCCGGCAGCGCUGAUGGUGGCAGUGAUGUCGAUGCGGAUGGUGAUCGCGAUGCACAUACAACUACUUUGCCAGAUGCGCUCAACGAGCCGAAUUAUAUUAAUAUUGAACAUGCGAAAUUCUUAAAGGAACGCAAUAGCAACAAUAUUGGCGUUAACAAUACGCACCAUAAUAAACGCGCUUCGUUGCCAAAUAAAACAUUCAUUCUAAACGCGGAAAACGGUACAUUCGUCGAUACAAAAAUGAACUCGAUGCCGCGCAAAUACGAAGCAGAUAAAUAUUACGAUUUCCAUGUGAAGGAGCAUGAAAAUUUCCGUAGUUUCGAUAUUGGUGCUGCAGCCAAUCUUGGCGGUGAUGAUUUGGAAAGUCUUUCCGAAUACGAAACGAAGAGCUUGCACGACGAUGCCUUCGCGGGCUAUAAGGAUAUACGUUGCGGUUCGGCCACAUCGACAAUACGCUCGUCGAAGGGAACGGUGCGUGGCGUCAAGAAUCGUGUGCGCAAUGGAAUAGCCACAUUCUUGCAACUACAGCAAUCAAAUGUAAAG